AUGCCGAGUUUUGCCGAGAUUUACGCUGCGUGUCUAUAUACGGGAGGUGAAGGCUAUCCUCUGUGGAAUCCGUCGCCGCUCCGUCUUGGUGACGUCGGCUAUGUUCGCGACGGAUCAUUUAUCGUACUUUACAAUGCUAUUGACGGCCCUGGUCGUCUUUCGGAUGCCGCUAGCAUUCCUUUGGCUCGACGAUCGGAUCGAUCCUCCUCGCGCGAGCGCAACCGUCGAGAUUCUGGCGUCAAGUCGACAAAGAUGGACUCGGACGAUCCCGUCGUUGUUCAUACCGAGACGCUCGGGUCUCGCAGGUCAUCGCUCGCCACUUCGCCUGUGAGUCUGAGCUCCUCGCUGCCCGUAGGUAUGUCCAGAUCGGCUGCCUCGGACUCGCUACUCCCGUCAGCGGCCAAGAAGGGGUCCCCUACCCUCUCGCACCGGAAGCUCAGAUCCGGCACGCCUCCUGAGGGUCCUUAUCCACCGAUGCCCCUUUCAGUGGAUCAAGAGGUGCCCAAGCUUUUUGACAUGGGUCCACGCAUGUCGUCAAACUAUCGCUGCCUUGGUGUCAACGGAGGUACGGCCGUUCCGGGCACUCCACUCAGCGUCAAGAUCGGCUUUGAGAGUUCCGGCGGGGACGGUGCGAUCCUCAUACCUCGCGAUCCAACUGAGCGCACUCGGCUCAAGUACCUCGGCGUGCUCAAGGCGUACAUCAAGGCUCAUCACAAAUGGAUGUACGAGACGUACGGUCGCAUCGAGUCGAUCGGUAUCGACGAUCUCGCUUUCGUCUAUGCUCAGGACCGCACCUCGGACUGGGCCGUGGCCGUUUCGCACGACGCAGCUCGCGGCGCUAAGGUGGAGUUUGAGAUCUUUGGCAGCGCUUCCGCAGGGUUUUGGGGCAAUUGGUCUCACACAUUGAGUGCCUGCCAACGAGGUCCUCAUCGACCCCAAGGGGCCAGCAGCAGUCGCAAUGUCGGUCAUGUGGAUGCUCCCGUAGAAUCGCGACGAGAGCAGAUCGGCAGUAGCAGCAGCAGUAGCUGGGGCGUGAACAUCGAAGGCGGUGUCAUCAAUCCUUCGUUUUCGUUUUCGGCCUCGGCGUCCUCGUCUAAGGAUCGCGGCGACGAUGAUCCCGUGAGGGGUAGACGCCGCGCCACGCCCAGUCGAGCGCACAGUGUCAGCUGGACGCCAGAAGUGCAUGCUGCUCCAGAUCAGACCAUCAGCAUUCGGCGGGUCACCGCGUGCACCACGCCUGGUCUUGGCUUCCUGCCCGCGCGACCAAGGGCGGCAGCGGAGCCUCGCGACCCGGACAUGGAUCGCGAGCAAGAUGGCGAGGCUGAUGCUGUGGGCCGACAGGAUGAUCCUCAAGGUCAAAGAUGCGAUGCAGGCAAAGGAGACUAUCGGUGCGAUGACCCACUGGAGGCGUUGCACAAUUGGAUCCACGAGCGCAGCGGCGCUCAGAUCAAGAUCUCGAUCGCUUCGGACGACGAUUGUCUGCAGCUGCUCUCGCUGCUAGGUAGAGAGCAUGCCACGCGUUUCGGCCUUGCGGCGGCCAUGCGGAUGGCAGCCGACCGCUUCGCCCGGGUCUCGGUGGACGAAGAAGGCUUUGCAAGCGUCUCGAUGAGCCACGUUCUGAUUUCGAGCCCAAGAGCUGUGCCUGCUCAAACGGCUGCUCUCACUCGGGCGUCGCAUCUUGGAACCAGCCUGAUCGCCUCUGAGGCUGACAAGGAGAACGCUGUUGCGACUCUGGCAUCAGCUGCGAGACGCGCCGCCCUCAAGACACAUCACGCACCGAGCGCGAUCAAGACACGUCCACUGCUGUCUUCAUCGCGCUUCAACACGAUGCUGCCCUGUCGGCCUAUGAACGGCAUUGGCCCUGCAUCGGCGUCGCUGGUGAUGCCCUGA